GGACUGUAAUACAAUACAAUAUUUAUGUAUAUAAGUAAUGCUGUUAUUCCGACGAGUAUAUAAUUAUUAACAAGUCAUUAUAAUUUUACAAGUGCGUUCCAAGUGUCAUUAUAUUUAUCCAUACACUUUUAUAUCUCCCCCCGGGCCUUUGUUCUGAAAUGUAGGGAGAUGCCCGGGCAGUGGGACAUCUCUGCAGCAUGCUGAGGAGACGUAACCUUCUCACUACACUUCUGAUUGCUUUGCCAUGGGGUCUUCUUCUUACAUUGUGGCAUCAGUACCCAACUACCCGCUACCUCAGCAUUCUGAGAAAGGAAACAGAUGAAAACGUGAAGGCCAAAUCUCUCUUCAAUAAUAGCACACCACUCACGAGGGAGGAUGGACUCUCAUCAUGUGCUCGGCAGCCGGCUGUUGGGGCAGCUCCAAAAGCAAUCCGGAGCUAUGUGUACUCCAGGCCUCCCCCAUGGUCAGAGGCUCUGCCUUCCAUCUUUGUGAUCACCCCUACCUACAGCCGGCCAGUGCAGAAGGCUGAGCUGACCCGUCUGGCCAAUACUUUCCUCCACGUGCAGAACCUCCACUGGGUGGUGGUGGAAGACGCUCCCAGAAGGACCAACCUAGUAUCCAAUCUGCUGGAGAAGACAGGGAUCAAUUUUACGCACCUGAACGUUGAGACGCCUAAGUCUGAAGACCCUUUCUGGUUCCCAUCUCAAAAAGCAAGGGGCACGUUGCAGAGGAAUCUUGGACUGCAUUGGCUGAGGGAGAAUUUCAACACCACACCACCACCAGAGGGUGUGGUCUACUUUGCUGAUGAUGACAACACCUAUAGCCUAGAGAUCUUUGAAGAGAUGCGCUACACAAAGAAGGUGUCCGUCUGGCCAGUCGCCUUUGCUGGGGGCCUCAGGUACGAGUCCCUAAAGCUGAGCCCGGCAGGCAAAGUGGUGGGCUGGAAGGUGGCGUAUGACCCUAAGCGGCCCUUUGCCAUUGACAUGGCUGGCUUUGCCAUCAGUCUCAGGCUGAUCCUGGAGAAGCCUCAGGCCACUUUCAAGCUGGACAGAGUGAAACCAGGUUACCAAGAAACUAGUAUUCUGCAGGAUCUUGUUACGAUGGAUGAACUGGAGCCCAGAGCUGCCAACUGCACAAAGGUCUUGGUCUGGCACACGAGGACGGAAAAGCCAGGACUGGGUAAUGAAGGCAAAUACGGAUUCACAGAUCCAAGGAUGGAGGUGUAAUCGGGAAAUCAAUAAGAAGACAAAAAGAGACAAUGCAAUGCAUCUUAAGUUAUUAAAUGGUAUGAUGUAUUUUUGUUGUUGCUGAUUCUCUCAUCUAGUUCAAGACUGAUUCAAAGAGAAAUUAUAUUUCAAGAAUAUAUGUGGGGGAGGAAUGCUGAUACCUCCUUCAGAUAUCCACAAUCCUUUGCACAAACUUAAUUUCAAGCUCUGUUGAAGAUUGUAUUUAGCUGCGUUUAAGGAAAAAAUGCACUGGUUUAAUUUCUGAGGCAGAUGCGUGAAAAUGAGAAAGACGGACCUUUGGCUGUGAAGAUAGCUUCAUGCAUGGUGCUUAGAUAGUCAGUCUAACAUUGUCAUUUCCCUCACCCACCCUGCUCCGCAGCUAAGCUCAGAUGAUACUCAGAAUAGCUACCGUACCCUUGGCAUGCUUCAAUGGAGACUGUUGUAGCUUUUAAAAAGCUAUCAAGUCAACUUUUAGUUCAAGAAGACCCAUAAAUAAAUAAAUCUGCAUUUAAAAAGGAAACCUGUGACCUUGAUAAGAACUUCAGUUUGGAUUCAGAAAACUAUGCCUGUUUAAUUGGGAUUUGAAAGGAUGGGAAGAAUGAAAACAAUGCAGUCUAAAAGGGAACUUAACAGUGAAACCUAUGCACCUUUCCCCAGAAAUUUAAUAAGCAUGCAUAGGGUUGCAGCCUAUUUAAUAUAUAGUACCAUUUUAGAUCUGGAGGGACGUGCUUUAAAUAGAGGAUGGACUAUUGUCUUAACUCCACAACAACUUAAUACAAACAAUAGUAUAUCUGCUUCAUUUUAUUAGCAUCAUCACUUUUAGGGACUCUGGAGCCACACCCUUUUAAUCAAAGUCAGCUUUUAUUCCAGCACUACUGUCUAGCCUUUCAAAGCCCUAUUCGGACAUUCAAAAGAAUGUUUGUUGUUUAGUCGUUUAGUUGUGUCCGACUCUUCGUGACCCCAUGGACCAGAGCAC